AUGUCAGAUACCCAUUCCUCAGCGGGCGCUUCACUGCCCGAUGUUUCCCAUCCGCGAAACCCCAAAAGACGACGGGCGCGCCACAGCAAAUCCCGCAAGGGUUGUUACACUUGCAAGCUACGCCGGGUCAAGUGUGAUGAAGUAAGGCCGGUUUGUGGCGCCUGUUCUUUUCGCGAAGAACCAUGUUCGUUUCCGCCACCAGAUGAGCAGGUAGUACAUACAAAUCCAGUGACUUCUCAUCACUCAAUGAACGGCAAUAUAGGGCAGUCACUACGGCCGUUAGACCUACACAUACCGCUGGUGUCUGAAUCAGCAGAAACUUCACAACGCAACGAAGUUAUUAACAUGCCAGACAUGAGUCUCUUGACACAUUUCAUGGUCCACGUCUCGGGGAGAAUGGCUCUUCAUCCGCAGCGUAAAUUGAUCUGGCAGCGAGUCAUUCCAACCAUGGCUGCUGAGCAAGAGUAUUUGAUGCAUCUUCUCCUGGCGCUGGCCGGCACGCAUGCGCUAUGCGAGGCAGACUCACCCGACACCAAUUUAUUGAACUCCAAAUUUGACCAGACUAUCCCCGAAGCAGAAUGCUUUCGUGACUACCACCGCAUCCUCGAUCAUCACCAGAAAGGCCUUGAAGGUUUCCGACACGCAUUAUCAGAGGCGACAGCUAGUACAGCCGAUUACAUAUUCUGUGGCUCCAUCCUAACAGUGGCUUUUUCUUUUGCUUCCUUGCGCAUUCGCGCUUUAGGUGAUAAGGGAAUCGGCUUCCACAAUGGUGACUCAGCCGGAGAACCCUGGAUUGACUGGCUGCAUCUAGUGCGCGGUUUGGGCGCUUUGGUAGGAGAGCACUAUAUAGCUCUCCGGACCAGCAGGUUACGGACCUUAAUGGACCACCCUCAAGCUAAUGAGCACUGGAAGGACUUUUCAGCGACAUCACCCACACGGGUGUUCCCACGUCUACGACACGCGUCCCCGCAAUUUGUUCGCUUCUCCCAAGGAGCUGCUCAGCAGAUCUCCUUAUUGCGCGACUUUGCGAACACCCUUACCCAGGACUUUGGGAUAAACAUGGAAGACACUCCAAGCCCAGAUUCCUACGGAUCUCCCAACUUACAAACGAUUCCAGAACUUCUACGCGAACAGGUCAGCACGCUUGAUCGUCUUGAGGAAAUGUACAUGCGCACUCUCUACGUCUUUCAGUUUUCAACCAGUGAGCGCGAUAGCUCCGCCUCCGUGGAUAUUCAGACCGAUCUCGAAGAUGCAGCUGUCCUGUCGUGGCCGCUAAUCAUCUCAAACACUUUUAUUCUGUCGCUACAGCAAGGACAGGAUGCUGGGAUGUUCGGAGGGUUUUCAUAUGUGAUUUUGGCACAUUUCUAUGUCAUUCUGCUGCUAUUCGAGGAUUUGUGGUAUCUACGGGGGGCGUUUCCAAGGGAGAUUCAGAACGUUCAUCGGCUGGUUGAGAAGCUAGGAGAUGGGGCGUUAAUGUCUCUCAUGGAGUGGCCGAUGGCGAUGCAGGGGGAGUAA